AUGAGAGAGCUCGUCAACAUUCCACUGGUACAAAUUCUCACUCUGGUUGCCUUCAGCGGGACUGAGAAACUUCCAAAAGCUCCUGUCAUCACCACUCCUCUUGAAACUGUGGAUGCAUUAGUUGAAGAAGUGGCUACUUUCAUGUGUGCAGUGGAAUCCUAUCCCCAGCCUGAGAUUUCCUGGACCAGAAAUAAAAUUCUCAUCAAGCUCUUUGACACGCGGUACAGCAUCCGGGAGAACGGGCAGCUGCUCACCAUCCUGAGCGUGGAGGACAGCGAUGACGGCAUCUACUGCUGCGUGGCCAACAACGGCGUGGGAGGCGCCGCCGAGAGCUGCGGAGCGCUGCAAGUGAAGAUGAAACCCAAAAUAACUCGUCCUCCCAUAAAUGUAAAAAUAAUAGAGGGAUUAAAAGCAGUUCUACCAUGUACUACAAUGGGCAAUCCCAAGCCAUCUGUGUCCUGGAUCAAGGGGGACAGUGCUCUCAGGGAAAACUCGCGUGUGGCAGUUCUUGAAUCUGGGAGUUUAAGGAUUCAUAAUGUGCAGAAGGAAGACGCAGGACAGUAUCGAUGUGUGGCAAAAAACAGCCUCGGGACCGCAUAUUCCAAACUGGUGAAGCUGGAAGUUGAGGAAGAAAGCGAACCUGACCAGGAUACUAAAGUUUUUGCCAGAAUCCUGCGGGCUCCUGAAUCCCACAAUGUCACCUUUGGCUCCUUUGUGACCCUGCGCUGUACAGCAACAGGCAUCCCUGUCCCCACUAUCAGCUGGAUUGAAAAUGGAAAUGCUGUUUCUUCUGGGUCCAUUCAAGAGAGUGUGAAAGACCGAGUGAUUGACUCGCGGCUGCAGCUGUUUAUCACCAAGCCAGGUCUCUACACAUGCAUAGCCACCAAUAAGCAUGGAGAGAAAUUCAGUACUGCCAAGGCUGCUGCUACCAUCAGUAUAGCAGAAUGGAGUAAACCACAGAAAGAUAACAAAGGCUACUGCGCCCAGUACAGAGGGGAGGUGUGCGAUGCGGUCCUGGCAAAAGAUGCUCUUGUUUUCUUCAACACCUCCUACGCUGACCCCGAGGAGGCCCAAGAGCUACUGGUUCACACAGCCUGGAAUGAACUGAAUGCAAUGGGCCCGCUCUGCCGGCCGGCUGCCGAGGCUCUGCUCUGCAGCCACAUCUUCCCGGAGUGCAGCCCCGGGGGAGUGCCGGCUCCCACCCCCAUCUGCAGAGAGUACUGCUUGGCAGUAAAGGAGCUCUUCUGUGCAAAAGAAUGGCUGGUGAUGGAAGAAAAGACCCACAGAGGACUCUACAGAUCUGGGAUGCAUCUGCUCUCCAUGCCAGACUGCAGCAAGCUUCCCAGCAUGCACUGGGACCCCACGGCCUGUACCAGACUGCCGUAUUUAGCAUUCCCACCAAUGACGUCCUCAAAGCCGAGUGUGGACAUUCCCAAUUUGCCUUCUUCCUCAUCUUCUUCCUUCUCUGUCUCACCUACGUACUCCAUGACUGUAAUAAUCUCCAUCAUGUCCAGUUUUGCAGUAUUUGUGCUUCUUACCAUAACUACUCUUUAUUGCUGCCGAAGAAGAAAAGAAUGGAAAAAUAAGAAAAGAGAAGCGGCAGCAGUAACCCUUACCACACUGCCUUCUGAACUCCUGCUAGACAGGCUGCAUCCCAACCCCAUGUACCAGAGGAUGCCACUCCUUCUGAAUCCCAAGUUGCUCAACCUGGAGUAUCCAAGAAAUAACAUUGAAUAUGUGAGGGAUAUCGGAGAGGGAGCAUUUGGAAGGGUCUUUCAAGCCAGGGCUCCUGGCUUACUUCCCUACGAACCUUUCACUAUGGUGGCAGUAAAGAUGCUCAAGGAAGAAGCCUCAGCAGAUAUGCAGGCGGACUUUCAGAGGGAGGCAGCCCUCAUGGCAGAGUUUGACAACCCCAGCAUUGUGAAGCUCUUAGGCGUGUGUGCUAUUGGGAAGCCCAUGUGCUUGCUCUUUGAAUACAUGGCCUACGGUGACCUCAACGAGUUCCUCCGCAGCAUGUCCCCUCAUACUGUCUGCAGCCUCAGUCACAGCGACUUGUCCACAAGGGCUCAGGUCUCCAGCCCAGGACCCCCACCACUCUCCUGUGCCGAGCAACUUUGCAUUGCCCGGCAGGUGGCAGCUGGCAUGGCCUACCUCUCCGAGCGCAAGUUUGUCCACCGGGAUUUAGCCACCAGGAACUGCCUGGUAGGUGAGAACAUGGUGGUGAAAAUAGCCGAUUUUGGCCUCUCCAGGAACAUCUACUCAGCAGACUACUACAAAGCAAAUGAAAACGAUGCUAUCCCUAUCCGCUGGAUGCCACCAGAGUCCAUUUUCUACAACCGCUAUACCACGGAGUCUGAUGUGUGGGCCUAUGGUGUGGUCCUCUGGGAGAUCUUCUCCUACGGCCUGCAGCCCUACUAUGGGAUGGCCCACGAGGAGGUCAUUUACUAUGUGCGUGAUGGCAACAUCCUCUCCUGCCCUGAGAACUGCCCCCUGGAGCUGUACAAUCUAAUGCGUCUGUGUUGGAGCAAGUUGCCAGCAGACAGGCCCAGUUUCUCCAGUAUCCACCGAAUUCUGGAACGCAUGUGUGAGAGGGCAGAGGGGACAGUGGGAGUGUAAGGUUGAAGCUUUCAGAUGAAAUGCUGCAGUCUUCCCUCAGACUCAGUGAGCUAGAGGAAUUCUACACCAGAGGCCCACCAGACCAGACAGGAAAGAGUAAUAGACAUCAGUUGCCUCUUGUUUCCUGGGUGGUGGGGGGGACAGUACAGAACACAUAAGUGGACAGGAACCACUGGAAUUGAUGAUUGGAAACAUAGGCUAGGAAAUGUGUCAGAUAACAGGAGAGAGAUCCUCUUUCUCCCAGGAAAAAUUUAUAACAUACUGUGCAAGAGAGUGUGUCAUCAGGUUCAGUUCCUGAGUUAGGUGGCAGCAGAGGAAGACUAUUGUAUUAAAUGUUAAUAGGAAGUGGGAUUCAGAGCUUCAUUUUUGAUAGAAUUAAUUCCUGUCCAUUGUAAAAGUAGCGGUGUUUUCACAUAAUACAUUAGGUCAAGUUCAGAAAUUGACAAAGCAGGAGAAACCAUUCUUUUUACCACCGAAGAUGGGUUUUAGAAUUUUGUUAGAUUUCUUUCUUGCGCUUAAUGCAUAGUUUAUAUAUUUGUCUGUAUUCUAGGGUUGUGCUCAUCCUUUAUUGUCAGAGAGUUUCUAAGGAAUAAAAUGACAAAUCAGCAAGCUCUCUUCUUACUGUCAUUCUUAGUUCCUUUUUCUGUCUUUGCUCCUCCAGGGCUAAGUUUUUGCUCAGUGUGCGCUUGUCGUGAAUAUAAUCUGCUUAUUUUAUUUC